AUGGCACAAAAUGCACAAGACGCCCAUCAAGGGAUAAGACCGCAAAUACAGCCAUGUCGGUAUAAGACAGGGAAGACGCUGGGUGCAGGAUCGUACUCAGUAGUCAAGGAAUGUGUACAUAUCGACACAGGCCGCUACUACGCAGCAAAGGUCAUCAACAAGCGCAUGAUGGCAGGGAGGGAGCACAUGGUGAGGAAUGAAAUAGCUGUCUUGAAAAAGCUUUGGCUUGCAACCACUGACAAGUCUAUCGCAGUAUACUUGGUCACCGACCUAGCUUUGGGCGGUGAACUCUUCGACCGCAUCUGCCGGAAAGGUUCCUACUACGAAUCCGACGCCGCCGACCUUAUAAGAGCCACGCUCUCCGCUGUCUCAUAUUUGCAUGAUCAUGGCAUUGUCCACCGCGAUUUGAAGCCCGAGAAUUUGCUCUUCAGAACCCCGGAGGACAACGCAGACCUGUUGAUAGCGGACUUUGGGCUCAGCAGGAUAAUGGAUGAGGAGGCUUUCCACGUUCUCACCACGACGUGUGGCACGCCAGGCUACAUGGCACCCGAGAUUUUCAAGAAGAGUGGACAUGGCAAGCCAGUCGACGUCUGGGCCAUAGGCGUAAUAACCUACUUUCUGCUCUGCGGCUACACGCCCUUCGACCGGGACUCCAACGUCGAAGAAAUGCAAGCAAUCCUCGUAGCCGACUACUCCUUCACGCCGCUCGAAUACUGGCGUAGCGUCUCCCUCGCCGCGCGCGAUUUCAUUAAACGCUGCCUCACCGUAGAUCCGCACAAGCGGAUGACGGCGCACGAAGCCCUCUCUCACCCCUUCGUAGACCCUGAAGCCAGAAAAGACGGCGGGGAUCUAUUACCGACGAUCAAGAAGAAUUUCAAUGCGAGGAGGACGCUGCAUGCAGCUAUCGAUACCGUGAGGGCGAUCAAUAAGUUGAGAGAGGGUGGGGCACAAGGGUUCAUGGAUGGGGCGAUGAGUGUGGAUCCGAAGAAGCGGGAGCAAGCCAGAGGCAGGGCAGGGCAGCAAGCUUUGGCUCCUGGUGAUGCAGACGGGGGAGGGGAUCCGAUGGAAGGGAUUGAGACGAAUGGUGGAGGGACCGCGAAACCGAAGCCAAAAUUCGACCCGAGAGGGAACGCGGCGGGACAGAGUGACAUGCAGAUAAGAGAGCAGCAGAGACGGGUGGAGGCGACUUCUCGGGGGUUGUGGCAGCAGAGAUGA